AACUAUUUUCAAAUUUCAACACUGAUCUCUGAUUUUGUCGCCGGCUUGGUUUUGAAAGUUUGAUACCCCAGUAUGUCAGUUUUUGUCGACGUUCAGCUGUUCGUGCUUAUUUCUAACCCUUCGUGUGGUGGCUAGUUGGAGUUGUUCGUGACACACCGCGUGCUGCCUUCCAUCCACAGUCGUGCAAAUGACACCGAAAGUUCCGCGAGCCUCGUUGCACACGAGGAGGUUCUUGAUACGCAACGCCGUUCCGUCGGAGAAUCUUCCGAAGGGAUCACACGACUGGGUUGUGAGGCUUCCGAAGCCACCGAGAGGUCUCUGCAGGGGGCGCCUACACCUUAGGUCUUUGGCGCUUGGUGCUUGGCGUCACCACGGACCCCAGCCACGUGGGCCCCCAUACCCACAUGCAGGGGGCACCUGCUUAGUAAGUGUUUGGUUUUGCAUCCAGCACGAAUAGCGGUGUGCAGUGCUCGUGAAUCAGAUGUGGUGUGCCAACCGUUACGAGCAACUCUGCAAAGUACAUCAAGAAGAGUUCCAUUGUGCUCCGACCGACGUCGUACUGGUGGAUAGGAUUCUUGCCACUGCAACCCGUUUUCUUCGGGAGUCUGCUUUGUGGGAAUAAACCAUGGCUUCAUCGUCGGCUACGUCAGUGGUAAGCGGUGGAGGGAGC